UCUUGAUUUCCUUAUCAAUCACAGUGAAACUAUUGAAAUUAUUGAGCUCAUAGUUACUCUCAAACUUCAGACCCUUCCAGUACACUUCGGCCUUAGUAAUAGAGGAUUUAGCGCCAUGAACUCCGUCAACUACCAAGCGGAAAUAAUAGUUAACAUCCACGAGACUGUGCCCCAAGCUUUUAUUGAUACCCCGAGCAUUUUAUAUCGCGAAUGGAAUCAGGGAAUCGACCAGCCACUUGGCACUCUCCCAAAAAAUCUCAAAAUUUGUUUGAUUGGGGCAGGAAUAUCAAAUGCGAUAGCCGCUCUUGAACUGGUGAAAGCCGGUGCUCACGUCACACUCCUGGAGGCUAGAUCCGAGGUUGGCGGGAGAGCGCGAUCGGAAAAAUUCGAGGAUGGCUUCAAUAUUGCUGAAAUGGGCGCUAUGCGAUUCCCGAUUACCAGUGGACUUUUACUAUAUUACGCGAAGGAAUUCGGUUACUGCUUUAUUUCAGAUUUCCCAGACCCGGGUAGGGUUCCAACUUUUAUUUCUUAUAGAGGCCGAAAUGUCUACUGGAAGAAUCUCACUGCGGCCCCCAACGGUUUCGAGAAGGUGCAUGUGGGUUGGGAUACGUUUGUAAAAAAUGGAUUAAAAAAUGACGACACAGAGAUUUUUACAUCUCUAUAUCAUUUAAGAACUUUGCUUCAAUCGAAAGAUCAAGAAGUGAGGCUCACAGCAGUUCCUCUGUGGCAGAAAUACUUGGAUUUCUUCAAGAAAGACAGCUUUUUCGGGGGGCUUCGAAGGAUUUUUGGACCUGAGCACGAGUGGGACAUCCCCGGGCAACAAGAAUGGGAAGAAAAUGAUUUUGAAAUGUUCGGAAGUCUAGGAAUAGGUUGCGGCGGCUAUGCACCUGUUUUUUGCAGAGACUUUACUUACAUCUGCCGCUUAGUGGUCAAUGGACUAUCAAGCGAGCAGGCCACUUUUGCAAAAAUGAAAAACGAUCAACCAUUUCCCGCACCCAUACAAGAAUUAGUCAAAGAUAUUUGCUCGAAGGCGGCCUCACUAGGGGCAACCGUCAGAUUGGAAACACGCGGCGAAGUAGUUUCUUCUUGCAACAUCAACGGCUCUUCCUCAGUAACGGUGGAGGAAACUUGCCAUGGCGUCACAACGGAGAAUGUUUACGACCUUGUCAUCAUUGGCACUACUACCCGCGCUGCAAACGUGAUGAUGAGAUAUCUCAGUAGUUAUUCCUCCAAAAUCCUUUCUGAAGCUGCCAGCACGGCAGUAAACAACAUCAGCAUGAUUUCUUCAACCAAGGUUUUUGCCAGAGUGAAGAAAUUUUGGAAUGAGAAGAGCAAAGAGAAUUAUCCAAGAGUCAUCUUAUCAGAUACCAAAGCUUCCCAGCUUUAUACUUUGGACUACGGACAUCCAGAUUAUGCAAUAGUUUUGCUGACAUAUGCCUGGGGUGAUCUAUCAGAUCAGAUCAUGACAGUCAAAAACGAUAAGGAACUCUAUCGAAUUUUGAAAAAUCAGAUCCAUGAGAUCAUGCGCGACUCCGACUUCAGUGACUAUGCAGAACAAUUAACUCCCGUCGAAGAAAACGACAUACGUGUAGUUCACUGGCAACUUGAUCCAACAAGUCUUGGAGCAUUCACUCUGGCCAGGCCUGGCCAAGCGCGAUUGAUUGCUGACGCAUUUUACGACUUCAAAAGGCUAUUGGAAGACCAAGAUCACUCCGGAGUUUUACUUAAUGGUGAUUCUAUCACCUUCGAAGGAGGAUGGAUUGAGGCUGCGUUGAGGACUUCCAUGAAUGUCACAUCAGCAAUCCUGCUCAAGUAUGGAUCUGUAGAAGGAUAUAGUAAGGCACCAAUAAACUUGCUAGAUAGACAUAUUUAUAAGUAUUAG